AUGCCUCAACCUCUUGGUGGUAAGCGUAAGCAGGAAAUAGCUUGCCCAGUCAUUAGCAAAUGGUCUUCUGGCGAUUCACCUUCAAAACACUCAACAGUCACUGUGAAUGCUAUGAAUUGUAUGCCAUCUGUAUCUACAACCACAAGUCCUAAUCAUAGGAGAUUGAUCAGUGCUAGGAGACAGCACACAGGAGGUAAUGAAGUCUUCGGAUCGUUCCGUUCCGAUGGUACAAUCGGUGCAGAUUCGCAAUGUCCAGUGGAAGAAGAACGAGAAGCAGCGAGGGAGGCUGCAAAACUGUUCAGACUAGAGAAUUGCACUAAGGCCGAUGUUGCAGAACGGCUUAACGAUAGGUAUAGUGCUGCUUGGUAUUCGCAAUGUCCAGUGGAAGAAGAACGAGAAGCAGCGAGGGAGGCUGCAAAACUAUUCAGACUAGAGAACUGCACUAAGGCCGAUGUUGCAGAACGGCUUAAUGAUAGGUCUGAAUUCUCAGCGAUGGUUGCCACAAAAUAUUUGGAACUAUUUGUUUUCUCUAGUUUACGUAUUGAUGCUGCUCUGAGAGAGUUCUUAUCAAGGUAGGA